ACUCCAUCAUAUACACAAAAUGUGAUAUAUAUUUUUUUAAUAUUUAAAGAAAAAACAGAAAGAAAAAGAAAAAAAAAAAACGAUUCAAAUUAAUGGAAUAGGAAAUCGGAUGGGAAAUGUAAGGAAACAUGUGGACGUAAAAUGGAAAGAGAAUUGAUGGAAUAUAGAAUGGAAAAUGACAAAAUUGUACCUAAAUGAAUGAUUAUUAUAUUGAGAGACAUUUUAGUUCACAAAUGCUAUUUCAUGGUGAGAGAUAAUAUGAAGUAUCUAAUCAAAAUUUAAGAAGAAAGAAGAAGCAAAAUUUGCAAAAUGUGAUGAGAUCGUCUAUGAGGUAGGUUUUAAGCUAAAAUUUGUCUUUGGAGACAACUUCGACACAUAUAGAGACUUUAGGUCGUGUGUUGUGUACUUCAUUCUAUGAAAAGGCAGCUUUGUGUGCAUGUAAAUGACUAGCAUCUUAUAUCAACGAUGGUGAUUUAAGUUCUUAAGCUAAGAGGGUUUUGACCACAUAUUAAUUUCAUAUUUCUCUUUUGGAUAGAGUUUAUUGCCUUCCCUUUCCAUUAUAAAAUGUAGCUUCAUAUCAUAACCUUAUAUACAAUUCAUAUAAACCAUACCCUCGAAAAAGAGGAAGAGAAAUGGAUCCAACAUCCUACCAACAAACCACCAUUAUUCACUUUAAUCUCUUCUCUUUUCCUCUCAUCUUUCUCUUCCUCUUCUUCCUAAUUUUCUCACUCAAACUCUUAUCCACCAAAAAUCCAUCGGUCAGCAACUUACCAUCACCACCACAACUCCCAAUAAUUGGCAACCUUCACCAAUUAGGCAACCUCCCCCAUCGCUCAUUGGCAUCUCUUUCAGAGAAAUAUGGUCCCCUAAUGCUUCUCAAACUAGGCCAAACCCCAACUCUCGUUGUCUCGUCAUCAAGACUAGCUAAAGAAGUAAUGAAGUCUCAUGACAACAUCUUCUCAAACAGAUCCCAAAACACAGCUGCAAAGUCCUUACUCUAUGGAUGCCAUGAUGUGGCCUUUGCUUCCUAUGGAGAGAAAUGGAGAGAGGCAAGAAAAGUUUGUGCUAUGGAGCUUUUGAACCCCAAGAGAGAGGAGUAUUUUCAACAUGUUAGAGAUGAAGAAGUUGAAGAGCUUGUGAAAGAGAUUAUUGGUGGGGAUUCAUCAUUAGUGAAUCUUAACAAGCUUCUUCUAUCAACUUCAAAUAAUAUAGUGGGGAGAUGCGUUUUGGGAAAGAAAUUUGAGGAUGAAAGUUAUGGGUUAGGGGAAGUUACAAGGAAGGCUAUGGUGCUUUUGGCUGGGUUCUGUGUUGGGGAUGCGUUUCCUUGGCUUGGAUGGAUUGAUGUGUUGAGAGGAUUUCGUGGACAACUCAAAGGAACAUUUCAAAGAAUCGAUAAGCUCUUUGAGAAAGUCAUUGAAGAGCAUAGGGACAAGAUGAAGAAUGGUGAUGAUAAUGGAUGUUGUGAGAAGGACUUCGUGGGGAUUAUGCUCAAAUUGCAACAACACAGUCUUGAUUAUCAUUUCACCAUGGAAGAUUUAAAAGCAAUUUUACUGGAUAUGUUACUAGGCGGAACCGUCUCAGCAGCAGCAAGUCUGGAAUGGACAAUGACAGAGCUAAUGAGAAAUCCAACCAUCAUGAAAAAAGUUCAAGAAGACGUCAGAACAAUAGUUGGUAAAAAAUCAAAGAUUGAAACAAACGACAUUCAAAAGAUGGAUUACAUGAAAUGUAUUAUAAAAGAGUCUCUAAGGCUCCACCCACCAUCUCCUUUAUUGCUGCCACGAGAAACCAUGGGAAGUGUCAACCUUGAAGGCUACCAAAUUCCAUAAAAAACAGGGGUUUUGAUCAAUGCUUGGGCAAUUCAAAGAGACCCCAAAAUGUGGGAAAGACCAAAUCAGUUCGUUCCAGAGAGAUUCAUGGAGGAAAAGAAAUCAAUUGAUUUCAAAGGUCACGACUUUGAGUUUAUUCCAUUUGGGAGUGGAAGAAGGAAGUGCAUUGGAAUGUCAUUUGGGAUUGCUUCUUUUGAAUAUGUAUUGGCCAAUCUUCUUCAUUGGUUUGAUUGGAAGCUUCCAGAUGGGGAGUUGUUGGAUAUGACUGAACAACAUGGCCUCUCCGUUUUCAAGAAGCUUCCUCUCAAGCUUAUUCCAACUCCAUAUUCUCUCUAAUUUUUGGUGUUUCCUUUACUUUAGGUUUUAAGUUUACUUCUACAAAAUCCUAACAAUGAAGUAAUGAACCUCUUUUGUAAGAGUGACCAUACACACACACAGUUUGUUUAAUUAUGAAGUAACAAUGUGAAAUAUAUGUUUACAAAAA